UACAACUUGUUCACUGUAUACAACUUUAUAUAUAUAUAUAUAUACACUGUCGACUGUGUGAGCUAUAAGCUACACUAGCUAGCGUUACCAUAGCAACCACACAAGCGCAGAGAGAAACAUAAACCUGUCGGCCAAUAAGGCGCGAGAAUUUCCACUCGUCAUCCAGUAACAGCCUCUCUGAUUGGUCGGUUCCGCCGCUCCGUUCACUGAACAUACAAAAUUAGCGCACCACCGACACUAGUUCCUCAGUGACACCGACAAACCGAACAGAGUGGACCGGAACUCGGAGCUGAACAACCACGGGCCCGAAUCUGGUUCCGGGUUGUCCGUCAUCACCAGAGACGCGCGUGUUUCUGCUGCGGUCACGUCAUCUACGUCACCGACGAGGUCGCGCUCUCUCCUCUUUUAAAACCCUCUGCGCGUCUGCGUCGCGUCUUACGAUUGUCUUCCCGCCCCAAAAACGAACAUGUCGGCGGAGAGCAACAACAGCAACUUGUUCGACAUGUUGGACUCAUUCAUCGAGACGCAGCCGGUGAACAACCGAGCCCUGAACGCGCUGCUGCACGCCAUGCUGCGGCGGCUGCAUAUUCUCGAGAAGAACCGACGGACGGCUGCUGCGGCAGUUGGUGGUCCCAGUCCCACAGAGGGGGAAGCAGCCACGACGGGCGACUCGACGGAGGUGGUGGCGGAUGCUCCCAUGGAUUUCCCGAUGGAGGACUCAGCUAUGCCUCCCUCAGACUUUGACGGACAGUCAAAGCUCCGGUCCCGCAUCCAGGUCUGCGAGGACGGCUUGUCCCAGGUCAUGGGGUCCAUAAAGGAGCUCCGCCUCCAACAUCAGGCGGUUGUGGAGAAGGUCAGGGCCUUGGGGACGAGCUGCCACCGCAUGGGCGACAUGGAGGAGGCUCUGAACUCUCUGAGGGAGACGCUGCAGAAGUAUCCAGACCCAGAGGAGCUGAGAGGCUGCGUGACCUGGGACGAGAUGCAGUCGGCGCUGUUCAGCACAGAAACACAGCAGGAGGAUAUGGAAAAUUCAGAGAUUAUUGAUCAGGCCACCGGGGACAAACCCACACCUUUCAACAGCAACUUAACUUCUGACGGCAGCGCGUCGCCGUCCGCCCCCCAACUUGCCAGGGACGCUGUCCGUACAGCAGCUCUGAGUUCUGCUGUGAACUCUGAGGAGAUUCCUGAGAAGGUUCCUGGAGAGGCUCCUGGACAGAUUAGUGGAAAGGUUCCUGGAGAGGCUCCUGGACAGAUUAGUGGAAAGGUUCCUGGAAAGGCUCCUGGACAGAUUGCUGGCAAGGUUCCUGGAAAGGCUCCUCGACAGAUUUCUGGCAAGAUUCCUGGCAAGGUUCCUGGAGAGGCUCCUGGACAGAUUGCUGGCAAGGUUCCUGGAGAGGCUCCUGGACAGAUUGCUGGAAAGGUUCCUGGAGAGGCUCCUGGACAGAUUACUGGAAAGGUUCCUGGAGAGGGUCCUGGACAGAUUGCUGGAAAGGUUCCUGGAGAGGCUCCUGGACAGAUUACUGGAAAGGUUCCUGGAGAGGCUCCUGGACAGAUUACUGGAAAGGUUCCUGGAGAGGGUCCUGGACAGAUUACUGGAAAGGUUCCUGGAGAGGUUCCUGGCAAGGUCCCCGGAGAGGCUCCUGGACAGAUUCCUGCACAGAUUCCUGACAAGAUUCCUGGCAAGGUUCCUGGAGAGGCUCCUGGACAGAUUCCUGGAGAGACUCCUGGACAGAUUCCUGGAGAGGCUCCUGGACAGAUUUCUGGAGAGACUCCUGGACAGAUUCCUUGCAAGAUCCCUGGAGAGGCUCCUGGAGAGAUUCCUGGAGAGAUUCCUGGAGAGAUUCCUGGAAAGACUACUAGAGAAGUUCCUGGACAGAUUCCUGCACAGAUUUCUGGAGAGAUUCCUGGAAAGACUACUGGGGAGGUUCCUGGACAGUUAUCUGGACAGAAUCCUAGCAAGAUUUCUGAAGAGAUUCCUGGCAAGAUUUCUGGAGAGAUUCCAGGAAAGACUACUGCAGAGGUUACUGGACAGAUUCCUGGACAGAUUUCUGAAGAGAUUCCUGGAGAGAUUCCUGGAGAGAUUCCUGGGGAGGCUCCUGGACAGAUUCCUGGAAAGAUUUCUGGAGAGAUUUCGCCUCCCCUGGCAGACACGGGGGUCCAGCCAGUCACAGAGACCUCGUCAGUCCAGUCUGGGCCACCACAGGGGCAGCGGCCCAAAAAGCCCAGUAACUUUGAGCGCUACUCGGAGGCGGUGGAGGCUCUGAGGUGUGUCGGCACACUGGAGGAAAAGUUAAUCCCGCUGGUGGCUCGUAUGGUAGAGCUGGAGGAAGGUUUUGAGUGUGUUUCUGAGGUCAUGAAGGACGGACUGAAGCAGAGGAAGGACGUGAAAAAGUCGGACGACCGGAAAGUCGAUGUGGAGGACAAGGCGGUGGUGGCAGCGGCCGAGCAGGAGGAGAGCGACACCAGUUUGAGUAAAUACAUGGAGAUAGUGAACGAUGUGCAGGAGAAGAUUCUGCAGCUUCAAGAAAAGAGUGAAAACCUGCUUGAAUCGACCAGGAAUCUGCAGGAGGACAGCCGACAGAAACAGAGCCGCAUAGAGGAGCUGGACCAGCAGGUGGUGAAGCUGGUGGAGCCGGUGGAGGAGCUGUUCAAGGGCCUGGAGGAGACGAAGGAGCUGAUGGAGACCAAGGUUGACAAGGACGUGGUUGAGAUUGAAAUGAAAUCCCUCAGAAACGCUCUGGACGGCCGAGUGAGCAGUCUGCAGCUGGACUCUGCCACCGAGCAGCUCAACACCAUGUUCCAGGAGCUGCUGAACAAAGUGGCGGAGCAGGGACACGACUUCGACAAGGUCAUCGACGAACUCACCACGGAGAUGGACCAGAAGAUGGACCGGGCCGAGCUCGACGCUGUGAAGGUGCAGCUGGAGAUGCGCUGGAAGAAUUUCCAGAGGAAACUUCAGCAGACUCAGGAAGCUCCGGAACACAUGGACGCCGCCGGCAUCAAGAAACACCUCGUGGACAAGUUCAACUGUCUCUCCUGUGACCGGCCUCUCGUCAUAUCGACCCCCGGCCCGCAUUUUUCGACGCUGCCAUCGCUUCCUGCGUUUCCCCCAAACAAGUCGACGAGGCCGCAGGUCCGACAGUUGGGCCGCAGCGAACGCCCCCCCGAGCUGAACGACUGCAUCCACAUGGCCGUGCCGCGGAGCAGCGGCGGCAGUCACACCGUCACGUCGGCCAGCCAGCGACGCUCCAGGCUGCAGGGCAACAAGCUGCGCUCGCAGCCGGAGGGCGAGGUCCAGCUGGAGGAGGCUCCGACCUUCAAAGAUGCAGAAACUACAGCCUCCGGCGGGUCGGGUCGGGACGCUCCGGUGUCGGGCUCCUCGCCUCAGAGCUCCGUGGUUCAGGUUCCAUCUGCAGCAGAGGGAAGCGCCGAGCCGCAGCUGUAGGGGGCGACAGAGAGCUGCACUGCUGCAGGAGGCAACUAUUACUAAGUUGUGUGUGUGCGUGUGUGUGUAUUCAGACUUGUGUGUCUUUAAACUAAUCUGCAAAUGUGUGUGUACAUCUGUGAAUGUAAUGUGAUGUGUGAGACGACAGCCAAUCACGAGGGCCAGUGACUCCAAAAGACCAUUUAAAGGUUCACACUGUCAAAAAUGAGAUUUCCUGGCUUUUUUCAUAAUAAAUAAGGUCUAAGGUCUUUAAGUACAGUAAGUGUCAGAACUGUCAGUAAACAGGACGUCUCAGUCUACAGCCCCAGCGCUCAGCGUCACUCUGUUGCUGAGCGACCAACAACACCAGAACAAUCAUGAAGCGAUAUCGUUGCACAGGAUUCGUAAGGAGAUUAUAACAAGAGACCAGAACUAACUCUGAAUUAUUUACCUUUGCAAUGUUCAUCGGUAACCGGUGAAAUGUGACGAUAUGGGACAUUUAUAUCUUUACACACAUUCAUCUACAUGUUCACAGAGCUACACUCACACACUAUGAGUUCUGUGAUCAGCCCUAUCAUAUUAUAAAACAACAGUAAUUAUAAUAAUUAUCAAUAAACUUGAUUUAUCAAACCAGAGGAUUUUUACAAAACCACUUUUCUAAUGAAAAAGUGAAAGUGUUGAAGGUGAAACAAAGAAUGUGCUCAUUUCAGUUUCUUCACAAACCACUUCAUAUUAAUCAUAACAUGUUUAAAAUCCCCACGUCUAUAGUUUCAGACCUCUGAUGUUAAAAUUAAUGUGGACCUUAAAUAAAUGAUUGAGUGGUUCAUAAAUCUGUCGCUGGGCCCCGUGUGACCGUGAAGAGGAUUUAACAUUUCAUCAUCUGUGGUGUCUGAAGGUAUUAAUAAUCUUUUAUAGUCUUUUCUCUGUAAUAUAGUGAGGUCACACCCUCACCAUGUAAAGUGCAUUGAGACGAUGUAUGUUGUGAUCUGGAGCGAUACAAAUAAAACUGAAUUGAAUGUCUAAA